AUGGCAUUGCUAGCCAGGAGUAUAAGUGUUAAAUCAAAUGUUAAUAUUAAGAAAAACAUUAGCAAGUUAUCGAGGAUGCUCUGCAAUUGGCGGACAAUUACGACUUGCAGCGACUCCCAAGUCGACGACCUUGUUGUACCCAAGCAAGAGGUCAUCCGGUUUAUCACCGAGAGCAUGCAUAAAGUAGGCGCCAAUCGAGAGGACGCUGCUGUCGUCGCUCAACACUUGAUGACGGCCGAUUAUCGCGGACACUUCAGCCACGGAAUGAAUAGACUUGCAAUGUAUAUCAGUGACAUUGAGAAUAAACUCACUAAUCCUAUUGCUCGUCCGGAAACUGUUAAUGACUUUCAGGCUAUCGCCCUCGUAGACGGAAAAAACGGCCUGGGCCAAGUGAUCGGCAAGUACAGCAUGGAGCUCGCGAUAAAAAAAGCAGAAAAAUACGGCAUCGGGUUAGUAUCAACGCGGGGUUCCAACCACUACGGAAUUUGCGGGUACUACACUCUGAUGGCGAUGGAGAAGAACCUAAUUGGGUUCAGUGCGACCAAUACGAGCCCUCUGAUGGUCCCAACGCGUUCAACCCAGGCCGCUUUAGGGACCAAUCCGCUGUCGAUAGGCAUGAGGGCCCAAAACGACGAAUUCGUCCUAGACAUGGCGACGACUGCAGUUGCGUUGGGAAAGAUAGAGGUCGCUUUCAACAAGGAGCAAGACAUUCCCCGGGGCUGGGCCCUAGGAAGCGACGGAAAAAUUACAACUGACUCAGGCGAGGCGCUCAAGAACCACAAAUUAAUGCCGCUAGGUGGCGCGGAAGAGCACUCGGGCUACAAAGGCUACGGGCUGGGUGUUAUGGUGGAAUUGUUGUGUGGAAUUUUGAGCGGAAGUUUUUACGGGCCCAAUAUCAGGAAUUGGACCGACGCUAAUAGGACCGCUAAUUUGGGCCACUGUUUCAUGGCAAUUGACCCUAAAGCUUUUGGGUCAGGUGCUGAGAAUCGACUCAGUCAUCUUCUUUCUCAACUAAGGGCGCUGCCAGUUAGUAGUGGAGAGGGCGUUCUUGUCGCUGGGGAUCUAGAGAGGAAAGCUAUGGCCAAAGUUGACACUUUCGGCGGAAUUGAGUAUCAUAAAAAUCAGAUUAGAAUUUGUAAAGAACUCGCGGAAAAAUUGGGCGUUAAGGCCAUGGAAUUGGUCAAGAAAAAACAUUAUGAUUAA